GCGAAAGCUCGCUGUCGCUGGGAGGCGCGCGCCGGCGGUUCUCCGCCGCUCCGGGUACCUGAGGGACGCGCGGCCGCCCUCGGCUGGCGGUGCAGCCCCCACCGCUUUGGAGCCAGACGCCGGGGUCUGAGAUAUUUCAGUCGAAGGAAGAAAUAGCUCUUCUCCUAAGAUGGAAUCUGUGGUUUGGGAAUGUGGUUGAUCAACUUGAUAUGUUGGCCAAAUGUGCCCCAUGUAAUAAAAUGAAAAGAAGAGACAAGAUGAUGUCAUUUUCCCAUAUUGUGAAACCAAAAACAAACGCCUUUUGUGAGACCAAGCUAACAAACCUCUGACGGUGCGAAGAGUAUUUAACUGUUUGAAGAACUUAACAGUAAGAUAUAGAAGAAGUACCUUCGAGCUGAGACCUGCAGGUGUAUAAAUAUCUAAAAUUCAUAUUGAGUAGGCCUGAUCAUCCGAAUCUCAUUCAGACCCAGGAAGGAUGGCUAUGACUUGGAUUGUCUUCUCUUUUUGGCCCUUGACUGUGUUCAUGGGGCAUAUAGGUGGGCACAGUUUGUUUUCUUGUGAACCUAUUACCUUGAGGAUGUGCCAAGAUUUGCCUUAUAAUACUACCUUCAUGCCUAAUCUUCUGAAUCAUUAUGACCAACAGACAGCAGCUUUAGCAAUGGAGCCAUUCCACCCUAUGGUGAAUCUGGAUUGUUCUCGGGAUUUCCGGCCUUUUCUUUGUGCACUCUAUGCUCCUAUUUGUAUGGAAUAUGGACGUGUCACACUUCCCUGCCGUAGGCUGUGUCAGCGGGCUUACAGCGAGUGUUCGAAGCUCAUGGAGAUGUUCGGUGUUCCUUGGCCUGAAGAUAUGGAAUGCAGUAGGUUCCCAGAUUGUGAUGAGCCGUAUCCUCGACUUGUGGAUCUGAAUUUAGCUGGAGAACCAACUGAAGGAGCCCCAGUGGCAGUGCAGAGAGACUAUGGUUUUUGGUGUCCCCGGGAGUUAAAAAUUGAUCCUGAUCUGGGUUAUUCUUUUCUGCACGUGCGUGAUUGUUCACCUCCUUGUCCAAAUAUGUACUUCAGGAGAGAAGAACUAUCAUUUGCUCGCUAUUUCAUAGGAUUGAUUUCAAUCAUUUGCCUCUCUGCCACAUUGUUUACUUUUUUAACUUUUUUGAUUGAUGUCACAAGAUUCCGUUAUCCUGAAAGGCCUAUUAUAUUUUAUGCAGUCUGCUACAUGAUGGUAUCCUUAAUUUUCUUCAUUGGAUUUUUGCUUGAGGAUCGAGUAGCCUGCAAUGCGUCCAUCCCUGCACAAUAUAAGGCUUCCACAGUGACACAAGGAUCUCAUAAUAAAGCCUGUACCAUGCUUUUUAUGGUACUCUAUUUUUUUACUAUGGCUGGCAGUGUAUGGUGGGUAAUUCUUACCAUCACAUGGUUUUUAGCAGCUGUGCCAAAGUGGGGUAGUGAAGCUAUUGAGAAGAAAGCAUUGCUGUUUCACGCCAGUGCAUGGGGCAUCCCUGGAACUCUAACUAUCAUCCUUUUAGCGAUGAAUAAAAUUGAAGGUGAUAAUAUUAGUGGCGUGUGUUUUGUUGGCCUCUACGAUGUUGAUGCAUUGAGAUAUUUUGUUCUUGCUCCCCUCUGCCUGUAUGUGGUAGUUGGGGUUUCUCUCCUCUUAGCUGGCAUUAUAUCCCUAAACAGAGUUCGGAUUGAGAUUCCAUUAGAAAAGGAGAACCAAGAUAAAUUAGUGAAGUUUAUGAUCCGGAUUGGUGUUUUCAGCAUUCUUUAUCUCGUACCACUCUUGGUUGUAAUUGGAUGCUACUUUUAUGAGCAAGCUUACCGUGGCAUCUGGGAAACAACAUGGAUACAAGAACGCUGCAGAGAAUAUCACAUUCCAUGUCCAUAUCAGGUUACUCAAAUGAGUCGUCCAGACUUGAUUCUCUUUCUGAUGAAAUACUUGAUGGCUCUCAUAGUUGGCAUUCCCUCUGUAUUUUGGGUUGGAAGCAAAAAGACAUGCUUUGAAUGGGCCAGUUUUUUUCAUGGUCGUAGGAAAAAAGAGAUAGUGAAUGAGAGCCGACAGGUACUCCAGGAACCUGAUUUUGCUCAGUCUCUCCUGAGGGAUCCAAAUACUCCUAUCAUAAGAAAGUCAAGGGGAACUUCCACUCAAGGAACAUCCACCCAUGCUUCUUCAACUCAGCUGGCUAUGGUGGAUGAUCAAAGAAGCAAAGCAGGGAGCGUCCACAGCAAAGUGAGCAGCUACCACGGCAGCCUCCACAGAUCACGUGAUGGCAGGUACACGCCCUGCAGUUACAGAGGAAUGGAGGAGAGACUACCUCAUGGCAGCAUGUCACGACUAACAGAUCACUCCAGGCAUAGUAGUUCUCAUCGGCUCAAUGAGCAGUCACGACAUAGCAGCAUCAGAGAUCUCAGUAAUAAUCCCAUGACUCACAUCACACAUGGCACCAGCAUGAAUCGGGUUAUUGAAGAAGAUGGAACCAGUGCUUAAUUUGUCUUGUCUAAGGUGGAAAGCUUGUGCUGUUUAAAAAGAUUUUAUUCUUUGCCUUUUGCAUGACUGAUUGCUGUAACUCACUGUUAACAUGCUUUCAGUCAACUACAGAUUGUGUCCACUGGAAAGGUAAAUGUUUGCUUUUUAUAUUGCAUCAAACUUGGAACAUCAAGGCAUCCAAAACACUAAGAAUUCUAUCAUCACAAAAAUAGUUCGUCUUUCUAGGUUAUGAAGAGAUAAUUAUUUGUCUGGUAAGCAUUUUUAUAAACCCACUCAUUUUAUAUUUAGAAAAAUCCUAAAUAUGUGGUGACUGCUUUGUAGUGAACUUUCAUAUACUGUAAACUAGUUGUGAGAUAACAUUCUGGUAGCUCAGUUAAUAAAACAAUUUCAGAAUUAAAGAAAUUUUCUAUGCAAGGUUUACUUCUCAGAUGAAUAGUAGGACUUUGUAGUUUUAUUUACACUAAGUGAAAAAAGAACUGUGUUUUUAAACUGUAGGAGAAUUUAAUAAAUCAGCAAGGGUAUUUUAGCUAAUAGAAUAAAAGUACAACAGAAAAAUUUGAUUAGUCUAUGAAAGGUUCUCUCAGCAUUCUAUCGAAAUAAUCUUCAUCCAGAGAUAUUCAGGAUUUGGAUUAGCAGUGGAAUAAAGAGAUGGGCAUUCUUUCCCCUAUAAUUGUGCUGUUUUUCUAACUUUUGUAAAUAUUACUUUUACUGGCUGUGUUUUAUAACUUAUCCAUAUGCAUGAUGGAAAAAUUUUAAUUUGUGGCCAUCUUUUCCCAUGUAAUAGUAUUGAUUCAUACAGAACUUAAUGUUCAAAAUUUGCUUUGUGGAGGCAUGUAAUAAGAUAAACAUCAUACAUUAUAAGGUUCUUUGUGGUAACCACACUUACAAAAUGGCAAAACCUUUUCUCUGUAUUCAUUGUUGUAUUUUUCUACAGUGAGAUGUGAUCUUGCCAAAGCCACCAGACCUUGGCUUCCAGGCCCUCCUAUAGUGAGUUGAUUGUCUGCACUUGCCUUGCCCAAUAGCCAGUAGGCUACAGCUUUUGCCCCACACCCUUAUUUUCAGAUUCUGGAUCAUUCUUGUUUACAACUGAAAUAUAUAUAACCUCAGUCCAAAGUGGUGAUUGAUUUGAUAUUGGAAAAUCACUGUAGCUAAAUGAAGCAUGAUUAGUAGUCUUACUAUGAAUAUCAUUUAAUCUUUAAAAAAAUCAAGUAAAAAAUUUUUAUCUGGUAAUGUUUAAAUAAUUUACAAUAUAAACUGUAAACCUUAUUAGGCAUGAAAUAAUCAGAAGAGAAAGAAAAAUGCUGGAACAUGCUGGAUGUAUUAUGUAAAAAGCAUAUUUAAACAAGGGUCCUCAACCCUGACUGCAGAUAAGAAUCACUUGGGUUACUUCAGAUGCCUAACACCUUCCUCUCAUACAAGUAAGAAUUGGUAGCUUUCUUAAAAA